CACGUGUCCAGGGGUAGCAUGGCGGCGGUUGGCGGCGGUGCUGAGAGCGGUGGCUGCGCCUUCUCCCCGGGGCCAGCCCAAUGUCUGGCGGUGGCCGGGGUGGACGGCCGGAUCCGGGUGUGGAACACUCAAAGCGGAGGCCUGAGGCAGGAGUACGUGCCUUCGUCGCACCUCAGCGCCACUUGCAGCUGCUUGUCGUGGGCUCCCCCGCGGCGCCUCCGUCAGGAAGUUCCUCAGAAGAAAAAGAGGAGAUCAGAAGAUGUGACAGAUGAAGAAGAAUUAGAUCUACUGGCUAUUGGUACAGCGGUUGGUAGCAUCUUGUUAUACAGCAUAGUAAAGGGAGAGCUACAGAAGAAGCUGGGUGGUGGACAUGACAAUAAAGUAAAUUGUGUGCGGUGGCAUCAAGAAAACUCUUGCCUCUAUAGCUGCUCAGAUGACAAGCACAUAGUGGAAUGGAGUCUGCCAACAGGGAAAGUAAAAUGCAAAUGGAAAGCCGAGAAAGGCAGCGUCAGUUGUCUUUGUCUCAGCCCCGAUGGAAAGAUGUUGCUAUCAGCGGGCUGUGGCAUCAAACUAUGGGAUCUGGAGACCAAAGAAGUAUACAGGAAAUUCACAGGCCAUGCAACAACAAUAUCAUCACUUACAUUUGCCACAAUACGACCGCCUAGCGAGAGUCAGCCAUUUGAUGGAAUGACUGGUCUAUACUUCCUGUCUGGAGCCCUGCAUGACCGACUCCUUAAUGUUUGGCAAGUGCGACCAGAUGGGAGGGAUAAAAAUGCUGUGCUCUCCUUUACGCUGACAGAUGAGCCCAUAUAUGUGGACCUGACCACUUCAGGAGACCGAGAAGAUCCAGUGAAGUUGGCGGUUGUCUGCCGGGACGGGCAGAUGCAUCUGUUUGAACACAUCUUAAAUGGUUACUGCAAAAAGCCCCUCUUGCCGACAUGCACUGUACAAAUAGCAACGUCAGGAAGAGGCACUGAUGCAAGACCCAUUCCUAUCCUAGCAGCCACAUUCUGUUCUGAUAGGCAGUCAAUAUUGAUAGCAUAUAACAGUAUGCUGCAUCCAAUUAUAGAGAGAGUGAUGUUGAACACCUCCGAAUCCCACAUUUGUCUAGUGAGAGAUACACAGGCGACUGUGGCGCUCACAACUGAGAUGGCUGCAACAAAGGUAAAAACUCCAGUUGUAACAUCUGGAGUUAAAGUGUUGGUGCCUGGUAUCCCUGGACAUAAUACAAGCAUGAAGCCCACAUUGAUGGAAUCAAGAAAGACUGAAGCUAAAAGGAGGAAGGACACAGAAAAUGAGCGGAGUAUUGAGGAGCGCCUUUGUACCAUGGAUAUUGAUGUGAUGAAAAUGAAAAGUAAAUCUGGCCUUCCACAGACUGACAGUUUUGCAGUGCUUCUUGUACAAGGGUUAGAAAGCAGUGAUUCAUCUAUUCUAAACAAAGUACUACAGACAAAGAAGGAUUCCUUGAUAAAGGCCACCAUUGCCAGGUUACCUGUUCCUGCAGUAGUUCCACUGCUUCAAGAGAUCACAAAACGAUUACAAGGUCACCCCUACAGUGCUGCGCUAAUGGUCAAGUGGCUAAAGGCAGUCUUCACUCUACAUGCCUCCUAUCUGUCUACACUGCCUGACCUUGUACCACAGCUGGGAGUCUUGUACCAGCUAAUGGAGAGCAGGGUGAAAACUCUACAGAAGCUCUCUCGGCUGAAUGGCAAGCUUUUCCUUCUGGUUACACAGGUUGCAGCAUCAGAAAAAGCGCAGGACGUAAGCACUGUGAGCCAAACAGCGAAGCUGGUUUACGAGGAAGAAUCAUCGGAAGAAGAAAACUCCGAAGACGACCUGAUGGCAGAUCAGGAAUCUGAUGAGAAUUGGGAGGAGGACGAGGAAGAGGAGAGAGCAGACGACCCAAAAAUGCACAUUGACAAAGAACUCAGUGAAGACUCUGGAGAAGACAUGCACACAGGGAAUGAAAGUGAAGAGGAAUAAAACCAUUUAAAAAAAAAUGACUGCAUUCUCAGCACAUUUGGGCCAAUGAAUCUGAACUGGGCAUCUGAAUUUUGUUUUUUUCUACCCAGAAGCUUCCUUUAUUUUUAAGUUUGGAAAGCAGAUGACAGACUGGCAGUGAAGAGUGUGUUAAGAACUGUUGGUGCACUUUGGAUUCCAAGAGAUAUUUGACUGUAUUGAUGGUGCACAUUUCACAAAUAUAUAUUUCUGCAACCAUGUUUCUAAUGCAGGUCGUUUUUGGACCACAUUUAUAUGUGGAGUGAUAUACCACAGGGCAGAAAUGUGGUAGUAACUCGUGAUCACUUGGAAGGUGGACAGAUACCCAGUCAUCUAAUUCAUGGCUACUCUCGUUGCAUUUUAACCUGAUCUAGGGACACAGUUUGGAUGUGGAAUAUGCAAUGUCAUGGGGUUUUUCCAGGAUAUUUUGGUUUUGGCAGUUGGCCAGCUAGUUCCCAUGCUUUCAGGUUAGUAUGUUACAGCAUGUAGUCAUUAGCUAGUUGACAGAAUUAUGUAUAUUUGUCUAUAAAUCAGUGGUUUACAGCAAUAAAGGCUGUGUUCUCCUUUGUAAAGUGAAUAAAUCUGAUCCUCCUUUA